AUGGGUCAGUGCAGGAGAGCAAAAAAGCAUGCUAUUGAGCUAAUUGAAGGCACAUUGGUUGAGCACUAUUCAAAGCUUUGGUCAUAUGGUGAGGAGAUAAGAAGAUCAAACCCAGGAUCAACUGUGAAAAUUGAUGUCAAUACUAUGCCUGAUGGGAAAAAUUAUUUUAGUAAGUUUUAUGUAUGUUUUGAGGGACUAAAGCAAGGGUGGAGGGGCAAUUGUAGAAGAGUAAUUAACCUAGAUGGAUGUUUCCUUAAGGGGCUAUGUACUGGAGAGUUAAUAACUGCUAUUGGAAGGGAUGUUAAUAAUCAUAUAUUUCUAAUUGCAUGGGCAGUUGUGUGUGUUGAAAACAAAGAGAAUUGGAAAUGGUUUUUGGAAAAUUUAAAAGAUGACUUAGGAAUGGACAAUGGUUUUGGAAUUGCAUUGAUGUCAGAUCAGCAUCAGGGACUAUUGGAAGCUGUGAAGGAGAUUUUGCCUACUGUUGAACACGGACAGUGUGCAAGGCAUGUUGUUGCCAACUUUAGGAAAAGAUUCCCUGGAGUGAUGUAUGAGAAGAUGUUUUGGAAGGCAUGCAAGGCAUCUACUGAGCCUUUACACAAUGCAACAAUGAAGGAAAUACAACUUCUCAAUCCUCCAGCCUUUGAGUAUCUAACAGAAAAUAACCCACAAUCAUGGUGUAUAGCUUUUUUUCAAGAGGGCAAGAUGUGUGAUGUUGUAGAGAAUGGGUUGUCGGAGAGCUUUAACAAUGUUAUAAGAGAUGCAAGGAAGAAACCAAUCAUCAUAAUGCUUGAAGAGAUUAGAUUUUCAAAGGUUUUACCAACUAGUUUGAACCAAUUUGAGACAAGAAACUUAGCAGAGUCUUAUAUCGUUGACUUAGACAAUAAGACAUGCUCUUGUAGAGUUUGGCAACUAAAUGGGUAUGGGUGUGUGCACUCAGUUGCAACUAUUAGUUACCUAAACAGAGAUGUCGGAAGUUAUGUGGAUCCCAUGUUCUUUGGAGCUUUUUAUAGAAAUGCUUACAAGUAUCCACUGAGAGGGAUGAAUGGCAGCAAUAUGUGGCCAAGUACCAAUUUCAUACCACCACUACCACCUUUGAAACGGAAAAUGUCAGGCAGGCCUAAAGUCAAUAGAAGGAAGGACCCAGGAGAAAAGACUACUAGACACACCGUGUCAAAGGUUGGGAAGAAAAUUCUAUGUAGUGUGUGUAAACAAGUUGGUCACAACAAGGCUACAUGUCCUAAAGUUGAGAAGCCCAAAAAACUCAAGGUGAAGAGAAAGAUAUCAACUACUAAAGGUGGUAAUGAAGCGGAAGGAAGUGGUUCAAAACAAUUGUUGGACGUAAACAGAAGCAAUCUGAAGGUGGUAAUGAAGAGGAAGGAAGUGGUUCAAAAACAACAGUUGCACGUAAACGGAAGCAAUCAGAGAGGAUUAUAA